AUGUUGAAAGAUUCAAAAUUUUCAUCACAUCUUCUUCAUUUAUCACAAUUACAAAUUAUUAAUCAUAAAACUUUGGAUGAAUAUCGAGAUCGUUUAAAAACUUAUGAAGAUUAUCUUUGGUUCGGUAAACCUGAUCAAAUAUCCGCUAUUGAGUGUUCACGUCGUGGUUGGGCAUGUCAAUCAAAUGAUUUGAUUGAAUGUGUUAAUUGUCAUGCACAAAUUUUAGCUCAAUUACCUAGUGUUCUUAAAAAAGACGCAUAUAUGGAAUGUAUAGAAAAUAUUUCUCAAUCAUUAGUUAAUUCUCAUCAUCGUUAUUGUGUAUGGAAAUUUAUGAUUAUACCUGAAUCAAUUGUACAAUUAACAGAUAUUUAUUCAAAUGAAACAGUUAAUAGAUUAUUAAAAGAAGCAGAAGAAUUUUUAUCACAUAUAAAUCAAAUUGAUAUUGUUGGUCAAUUACAGACAAUGUUUCAAAUUGAAGCAACAGAUUUUGAUCUUUUAUCAAGUUCAUAUUUAAAUGAUUCACGUUUAUUAUCUGCUUUUAAAAUUCGUGUUUUCUGUUGGAAAUUUAAUAAGGCAUUAGUUAUUUGUGAUAAAUGUUGUCGAGAAAUUCAUAUUAAUAUGAAUCAUCUUAUAUUUGAUCCAAUUCUAUCGCAUCGUGCUUGGUGUCCAGUUUUAAAAAAUAAUCAAUGGAAAAAACGAAUUGAACAAAUUGAAAAUAUUCUUUAUAAAAAAUCACGAAAUAAAAUUAGCGAAAUAAAAACAAAUAAUGAUCAAACAGAAAAUAUUCUUCCUGAUAUAAUAUCAACACAAAAUCUUUUUCAUGAAUUAAUAUCAAAAAAAUUAAUGUCGACUGAUGAUAAACGAUAUUUUCAACGUACAUUACAUUAUUUUCCAAGUAUUGAAAAUGAUGCAUCACGUAUUACAUGGGCGCAUGCUGUUAAUAGUCGAGAAAAACUUGAAGAAGCACUUAAAAGUUCAUUAAUGUUUAUUGAAGCUGAUAUUCUAAUAGGUUCAUCUUCGAGUAAUCCUAUCAUGGCUCAUCCACCACAUAAAACAAGUGAUUUAACAUUUUCUGAUUUUCUCAACGGUGUUAAAUCAACAAGUAAAGGUUUGAAACUUGAUUUUAAAGAUAUCAAUGCAUUACAACCAUGUCUCAAUGAAUUAGAAGUACAAAAAGAUAAUAUUAAUGGCCCUAUUAUUCUCAAUGCUGAUAUUGUUCGUGCAAAUCCACAAUGUGCACAACCUAUUGAUGCUCAACGUUUCUUAAGUGAAAGUCUGACGUUUGCUUUUCGUGUAAUACCACAAUUAAUGAUAUCAUUUUCACUUGGUUGGACAACAAUUUAUGAUAAAACAACAAAUUCAUAUACAUGGUCAAGUGUAAUUAAUAUGUAUCGAACAAUAACAAAAAAUGAUAAUUAUUCUUUAUUUAAUUUUGAAAUAACAUUUCCUGUUCGUCUUUCAUUAGCACUUAAAUCAUUUGAUCAACUUCAUUGGCUUGCACAAGUUACUAAAUCAGGUUUAACAUUUUGGUCACCGAUUAAUGAAGUUGAAAAUACGAAAGAAAAUUUCAAUCGUUUACUUCAAUUUCGAACAUAUUUUAAUCGUUCAUUAAUUUAUUAUGAUUUACCACCACCAUUUGAUAGUUUAAUAAAUGAAAAUUUUUAUACUCAAAAUGAAAGAGAAAGUGGAAAAGAUAUAUUUCCAUCAAUGAAAGAUAAUUGGCAUACAACAACAGGUCAAGAAGAUAAUGUUUUAGUAUCAGAUUUUAAUGCCGUUCUAUUAAAAUCUAAUGUUUUUCUACGUACAAAACAAACAUUUGAUUCAACAGUUGCUUGUACAUGGUCAGGCACAAUUGAUUUUCUUACGGAUGCAUCAUCACAAACACAAGCUGUUCUAUGUUAUUUAGCUGAAACUGAACAUACAUCAAAAGCAGGAAUGACGAUAACAAUUUCAAAAACAGGUUCUAUUGAAGUUCUUUAUGAAAAUUCUCAAGGUUCAUCACAAGUUGAUGAAAAUUUUGUUUUUCCAAGUUAUGCAUAUGCAUUUCGAAUUCGAGAUUCAAUAUCAACAAUUCAUAUUGAAAUAUUAUCACUUGAUAUUGAAAAUGUUUCAUUAACAUCAUCAACAUUAACAUCUGUUCCAACUUCUGUUCAAUUAACUGUUUUUCUUAAUACAAAUCAUCGUCGUAUAACGUCAUCAGAUGAAAAUAAACAUUUUCAUGCUGCUGUCGUGGGACAAAAUAUCGAACAAAUAACAUCCACUGAUAAUAAUCCAACUGGUGGAAUUGUAUUUUCUCGUUUACGUCUUACACAAGAAUCAUUGUGUACUAAUUAA